AUGUAUCAUCGGGAUCGGGGAGGAGCCGGCAGCGUUUCAUCGAGAUCGGAGCUUGUAGGAGGACGCCUCGAUCGGAAGCGCAUAAAUGACGCCCUUGACAAGCACCUAGAGAAAUCGUCUCCAUCAACUUCGAGGGCCUUGAGCAGCAAGGGCAAAGAUAGGUUGUCCGUACCAUCUACUUCCGCUGGCAAGUCGCAGCUCGAUCAUCGCGAUUCUCGACCAGCUUCUCUACCUAAGAACAAGUGCUCCGAUGAGGAAUCUGAAACAGAUAGUGAAGAGUCAGACGUAAGUGGUUCCGAGGGGGAUGACACAUCCUGGAUUUCAUGGUUCUGCAACCUUCGAGGAAAUGAAUUUUUCUGUGAAGUGGAUGAUGAAUACAUCCAGGAUGAUUUUAACCUGUGCGGAUUGAGCAGUCAAGUUCCGUAUUAUGAUUAUGCACUUGAUCUUAUAUUGGACGUGGAAUCUUCUCAUGGUGAUAUGUUCACUGAAGAGCAGAAUGAGUUGGUGGAGUCAGCAGCAGAGAUGCUUUAUGGUUUAAUUCAUGUGCGUUAUAUACUCACUAGCAAGGGCAUGGCUGCAAUGCUGGAGAAGUACAAGAACUACGACUUCGGGAGAUGCCCAAGAGUUUACUGCUGUGGACAGCCCUGCCUUCCAGUUGGCCAAUCUGAUAUUCCUCGUUCGAGUACUGUUAAAAUUUACUGCCCGAAAUGUGAAGACAUAUAUUACCCUCGAUCAAAGUACCAAGGCAACCUUGAUGGAGCAUACUUUGGGACAACGUUUCCUCACCUAUUUUUGAUGUCGUAUGGGCACUUAAAACCACAGAAGGCAACACAGAGUUAUGUGCCAAGAGUUUUUGGGUUCAAGAUCCACAAAUCCUCCUGA